GGAGAAUCCCAUAUGAUGUUUUCCAUGCUAGAAUGCGGAGGGCAACAGAAUUCGCAAGACUCUCCGUCGCCCACCGCCGCGCAAUAACUUCAUCAUCUCUGCACCAAACGCCACCGCCACUCUCUCUAGCGGCGGACAAAUGCCAAUCGAUGGACCAGCUGAAGCAAAUACAUGCCCAGAUGAUUACCACCGCCCAAAUUCAAGACGCCUUCGCCGCCAGCCGCCUAAUCAACUUCUGCGCUCUCUCCGAUUCCGGAGACCUCAGCUACGCCCUCAAACUGUUCGCCGACAUCCCCGCGCCGAACACGUUCAUUUGGAACACACUGAUCAGAGCUCACGCCAUCAGCUCGAACCCCGCCGCCGGCCUGCUGCUCUACUCCGAAAUGCGGAGGCGAGGCAUCGCGCCGGGUAAACACACGUUCCCUUUCGUUCUCAAAGCUUGCGCGAAUUCAAAACUGGUGAGAUGCGGCGAGCAGAUUCACGGCCACGUGCUGACAUUCGGGCUGGAUUGCGAUUCGCACGUUGCGAAUGCUCUGAUACGAGCGUAUUCAGUGUCUGAGCGGAUCGGCGACGCGCGGAGGGUGUUCGACGAAACGCCUGAGAGAAAUCUGAUCGUUUGGACUACGAUCAUAUGCGGCUACGCCCAGAAUAAUUCCGCCGAGGAAGCGAUCGCGCUGUUCCACGCCAUGGUUUCGGAAGGAUUUGAACCCAGGGGAGUUGUUCUGGCGUCAGUUUUGUCGGCGUGCGCGCAGUCGGCGUGCUGGUCAUUGGGGGAGGAGAUUCACGUGUACAUGGAGGAGAAAAGGGUGGAAAUGAACGUGAUUCUUGGAACUGCGUUGAUCAACAUGUAUGCCAAGAACGGAGCUUUGGUCGAAGCGCGGCGAUUGUUUGAUGGAUUGAGAGAGAGAAACGUGGCGACUUGGAACGCCAUGAUUUGUGGGCUGGCCCUCCACGGCCGAGCCGAUGAAGCCAUCGAUUUGUUCGGAGAAAUGGGGGUGAAGCCUAACGGCAUCACUCUUCUGGGAGUUCUGUGUGCAUGCUGCCAUGCAGGGAUGAUAGAUUUUGGGAGGGAAGUGUUCUACUCCAUGGAGAGGGUGUACGGGGUGAAGUCUAACCUGAAGCACUACGGGUGCAUGGUGGAUCUACUGGGGCGGGGCGGACAGAUUUUGGAGGCGGAGAGUCUCAUCAGAGGGAUGGCGUGGGAGCCGGAUGUGGCGAUUUGGGGGGCGUUGUUGACGGCCUCUAAGAGUUGGGGGAAUAUUGAGGUGGCGGAGAGAGCGGUGAGGGAGAUUCAACGCUUGGAUCCAAGGAAUCAUGGGGUGCAUGUUGUGUUGUCGAAUAUGUAUGCGGAGGUGGGGCGAUGGGAGGAUGUGGUGCGGCGGAGGAAGGGGAUGAAGGAGGAGAGUUUGAAGAAGACGGCCGGCUGGAGCACGGUCGGUGGCCGGGAUUAGAAGACGGCCCACGUUUUGUGAUUCAAACUCGUAUCUAAUGACAUAUUUGUGAUUAUAUUGAUAUUUGCGGUGUUUUGUUAAGUAUAAUAUGACCCAUCCGACAAAUCAAGAUCUGUCGAACCGUGUCACACGAGACUUUCCUACCUAAGUAAAACGAUGUUAGAGCACAAUGCUGGAAAAAAAAUGUUGUGAUUACUAAAGAUAUCAAAUUUAGAGAUGAUGUUGCAAUUGCAAUAAUUGAAAAUUAUUGUGAAGAUUGCAAAUAUCGACCUAGAGAGAAGUGUGUAAGUGGGAAAACAUGGUGAUAUUAUAUUUGUUUGAUUUGAAGACGUUUACCAGACAGGAGGGCCCAGUCCUUGUUUAUCACAUGCACCUCAUGCAGUUGUCCCCAAACAGACUGUUUUACCUAUGCAUUCUUCGGAAAUUGUCAACGCUUGAUUUAGUCAAAGCUCAGGGAAAGAGACUUGCACCUUCUUGCAAAUAAGCCAACUAUUAGUUUCUCUUCUUAUUUACUUCAUCUCAGAGUUAAGAGUUAAGAGACAACUUGAAGUCUACAGAGAGAGAGAGAAUUCAGAUGAAGAUAAGGACUAUUUUCAUCACAUGCAUCUGGCUAGCUAUUGCUUCAGCAGAUAAUCUGCAGAAUUCAGAUUUCGAGCUCCCACCAACUAACUGGAAUGAAAGCUCCUCUGCAUUCUAUACACUGAACGGCAGUAGCAUUCCGGGAUGGACACAUGACGGUGCAGUGCAGUAUGUCACGGCAGGAGCUGAGCUGUCGCUGCCACGAAAUGGGCAUGCUAUACUGCUGCAAGAAGAUGGCAAAAUCAACCAAACUUUUGUCGCUAAUGGCGAAGAAAUGCAGUACCUUUUAACCUUCACUCUGGGCAGGAGGGAUCAGAACUGCACUGCCAAUGCAAGCCUUGUGGUUUCGGCGCCAGAUAGUUCUGCUCAGUUUUCAUUGACGCUGAAGUAUGGGAAAGAAUCAUGGGAGGUUUAUGGGCAUCAGUUGGGAAGCUGGGGAGGGGGAGAAUCUGUAAACUUAGUUCUAGAAAGUCAAGAUAUUGAUGCAGAAGCCAAUUCCACAUGUUGGCCCAUCGUCGACACCGUUAUGUUGAGCACCAUGGGAUCACUCAAACAAGGGGAUGAUAAUCUGCUGCCAAAUGGUGGAUUCGAGCUCGGGCCAGCUUUCCCAGAUUUUUCCAAUGAAGGAGUUCUAUUGGAUUCAGAACCGAGUCUGACUGAAUCUGCUCUGCAGCAAUGGACUGUAACGGGGACUGUGAAGUACAUAGAUGCAAAAAACUUCUUUGUCCCAGAAGGCAAGGCUGCUGUUGAGAUUGUAUCAGGAGUCUCUGCAGGGGUGCAAACAGCUAAACAACUCAACCAAGGAUCAGAUUACAACUUGGAAUUCAUGCUGGGAGAUGCAAACGAUUCCUGCUCAGGGGAUCUUGUCGUAGGGGUUGCAGCAGGAUCAUCGGUGCAGAAUUUCACUAUCCAGAGCAACGGGACAGGUUCAGCCAAGAAAUAUGCCAUGACAUUCAAGGGUGCCGGGCCAAGUCCAACCUCGAUAAGCUUUCUGAGCUACACAACCAGACAGAGAGACGAUGGUGUAUUCUGUGGUCCUGUCAUUGAUGGUGUAGUUCUAAAAGUUUCUAAUGGGCACAAAUCAUAUAUGCAAUUUUCCUUCCUAAUAACACUGCUCCUUGCAACAAUUCUGAAAUUAGGCCAGCUAGUGUAGCCAGAUAUUAGUUCCCAGAAAGUUUUCGUCAUUUUGUAUUUGCUUUUGUACUUUUGGUUGAAAUUUGGAAGAGAGCUUUCUGAAUCUUUUUGGUUGAAA